AACAACGGAAGACAACCAGUUGCACGAUGCAUUCCUGGAAUUACUUCCGGAUACUUGCGCAGCUUCUCUUCCUCCUCUCCCUCUAUAACGCACGCCACAAUGCAUCAUUGGCAAGGUGUUCCACAGACUCCAACUUUACCACCAACAGCACCUACCAUUCCAACCUCAACCUCCUCCUCCCAUCCCUCACCUCGGCCACCGUCUCCACCGGCUCCGCGAACACGUCUGCAGGGCGUUCCCCAGACCAAGUCUUCGGCCUGGCGCGUUGCCAACUCGACGUAUCUCAAGACAUAUGCCAAGCUUGCCUCGCCACCGCCGUCGACAACCUCCGCCGUAGCUGCCCCUCCGCAAAAGAUGCGGCCACUUGGGGAGAUCGCUGCUUCCUUGCUUACUCCAACGCAACUUUCUCGAACGAUAGCGAUAAAUUAUCCUUUUACCAAAUCGUAUACAAUGUACAAGAAGUUUCGGAGACGUCGAGAUUCGUGAAUCUGGUGGAGGAAUUGAUGAAUGCCCUCAUCAACUGGGCUUCCUACAAGACCGACAGCAUGUUCGCCAUUGGAGAAGCCAACUUUACGAGCUUCACCAAAGUGUAUGGAUUGGUGCAGUGCACCAGGGAUCAGUCUGAUGAUGACUGCUUUCUGUGUCUUCGGCAGUCGUUGGGUUUAAUGCAGGGUUGUUGCGGGAAAAACCAGGGAGGGGUGGUGUUGAAGUACAGGUGCUUCUUAAGGUACGAGACCUAUUCAUACUAUAAUAUGUCGGUCCCGACAUCCCCACUGCCUCCGCUGUCAUCUGCACUCUCUUCAGCACCUCCGCCUGGAGCUACGGCCAAUCCACCGCCUCCGCCUGCUGUGGUGGACUCCAACUCUUCGUCAUCAUCUGCGAGAGAUGCAGGCAAGUUACAGUACAUAAUUAAAUUAUGUACCUGCAUUAAAUUACAGACGAUUCAUCCAUAUUUUCCUACCAAUUGUUGCAAGUUGUACACAAUUAAAAUUUAAUUAUAAGAAGAUGGAAAUAUUCAUCAGAUGUUGUUUAUCGUUUUAAUUCAGGAAAAAAGCAGAACUCUAAAAUAGUAGUGGCUGUCGUCAUCCCCAUCCUCGGUGCUGUGAUGCUUGUGGCAGCGCUUUUGAUUUUUUUGUGGAGGACGAAAAUAUUUGCCAGAAAGUCCAGUAUGUAAAUUUAUUUUGACUCCAUCUAUGUUUUUUGUUUCU